AUUUAUUUCAACGACCAAUCGAUCCGCUUGAAGACAACUUGCGAUUAUACAUUCUGUACGCGCCAGUAUCAUCUGAGAGGCAGUAUAAUAUUUACGGAUUACGCACAUGAAGAAUCGAUCAAUCUAGCAGUUUCAUCACCUGCGCCCUCCAGCUUUGUACUUCUCCCUUUUCGGUGCCGUUGCAACUAGAGUUUCUCACAACUUAUAAUUUCUCGAACCAGUGCGAUUUUGUCUUAGUUCAAGCUCCCGCGAAUCUUUGGUUUCCUUCCUCACUGUACCUACGAAGCGUUGGCAUGGUGCCGUCAGCAUGGUUGGAAUAGGACAACGGUCAUCAAUUCUGAGCCAGGGGAGCAGGCCAUCGAGCAAAGAUGGCGCAAAGAAAAAUAUAUGGUCCUCUAUGCUGGAUGGAGUAGCAAGCGGGAAGCGGUUGCCUGAAAAGAAUUUACUGGUUUUGGGAGGUACGCCGGAUAGCCAGAGAGAGUUUCUUGAGACGCUGUCAUCAGACGAGUCCGACCCUAGGAUGCACUCUGAGCGUCGAAAUGGACGAGCGCCUCCCAUUGCCAAUCAGUUCGCGCUCGGGUACACUUAUCAGGAUGUGUUGGAUGCCGACCAAGAAGAUAUUCUUGCUCGCGUUUCAAUCUACCUACUGUCCGAACCUUCGUCGUCCUUCGCACCACUUCUCAAACCGCUUCUAACCCCGAAAACUGUACCAGAGACGCUGAUAGUGAUAUUACUGGACUGGGAAAAUCCUUGGACAUGGGUUCGGCAGCUACGCGAAUGGCUUCGCCUAUUACGUUCUGUGCUGAUCUCCCUCGAUGAUGAAACUAAAGUGGUAAUGGAAGAAGUUAUGACAGAAUGGCGAGAUCAUAAACGAGGUGGUGAUCCUGCAUCUUCAGCAGGCGGGGGAAUGACAACCUCUGGUGGACCAGUUACAAUCCCUCUUGGUCCUGGAGAGUGGGAUGAAGGAUUAGGGAUCCCUAUGUGUGUUGUUUGUCAAGGCGCAGAAAAAAUUGAAAAGCUGGAAAAAGAGCAUGGCUGGCAUGAGGAAGAGUUCGACUUUAUUCUGCAGUUUAUGAGAACGAUCCUGCUAAAACACGGCGCCUCGCUCAUAUACACAACACCAUUCCUUGCCAACUCGUUACAAAGCUUAAUCCACUCCUCUCUUGGGAUUCACUCGUUACUAAAGAGACAAUCUCUGAAACACAAUGUCAUUGAUAGAGAUAAGAUAUUAAUCCCGUCGAACUGGGACUCAUGGGGGAAAAUCCGAAUAAUCAGAGAAGGGUUUGAUAUGGAAGGAGUUGGGACAGGCUGGUCCAUCGAGAUUCAGGAUAAGCCCAAACAAUUCCACGGAGUAUCCGAGACUGAUGGUAAUCCCGAUGAAGGAAACGCUAGAAGCAAUCCUGAGCAAGAGGCUAUGGAAGACGGCAGCAGCGCCACGCUUAUCUACGAACAAACCAUCCGAGAUCCUAAGCGGGACCUAUCCAUUGCCCGAAGUUCCCAGCCCGGAGGGGACAAGGCGAUCGAAGUUGAAACGCGGGAUAUGCAAUCCUUUUUAUCCGACCAACUCCAGGUUCUUGAUCAGCUCAAAGCUGAAGACGAGCAGCGAGACAAGCAGUUGCGCAAGGGAGGCUUGCUUAAGGAUCAGGAAAAUAAUAUCUCUCUAGACGAGCCCUCUCGUGUGAAUGAACACAUUGGACCCGUGCAGUUUAAUAUGGGAGGCAUUCAAGUUGAUGCAGAUGAUAUGUUGAGAAAGCUGAAGGAACGAGAAGCGAAUCGAACGCCAGUUCGCCAAGAUACUUUACCCCAAACACCUACAACUUCUCCAGGAAGUGGGACCGGCGACGACAAAAUGCAGAAUCAAGCUCUUGCGAGCUUCUUCGCCGGUCUCGUCAACAAGAAAACAGCCGGGAGUCCGCGCCCCGGUCCGAAUUAUUAGCUUGAUCCGGGAUAUAUAUCUUCCCUGCUUGGUUUCGAUUUUGUUUUUGUUCUUCUUGAAAGGUUUUCUCUCAUUUCCUACAGAGAAACAGCAAGGUUACGACAUAGCUGAAGCUAAUUAAGGGGCCAUGCAAAAGGGGGCCUGUUAUUGUUCUUUUACCCCUUGAUGUGUUCCCUACCUGCCGGGUCUUGAAAGCAAAGCUAGAGGGAAUAAUAAUGUUUGCAGUAGCCUUCCUUGGCUUGUUAGAAAGUUCACAUAAUACCCACGCUUCGAGUACUUUCCAUACUUUUUCUCUUUUCCCAGUCCUUUGCUUCUCUUGAUUUGGUGAUGUAUUGUUUAACGGCAUUGUAUUACCUUCCUCAAGCUUUAAGUCCACUCCCUCCGAGGGACUCACCACGAAUAAGGCUUGCACGCAAUGAAAACAUACUGCUCUAGAGGUAACGUGGGAUCAGAAACCCGUGGUGGAAAUCCCCUUUAGUUAGGGCCAAGCCGGGUAUAUAUAUAU